AUGCCUCUCGUCGUCCCCGGAAUCAACAACACCUCUGGUGGUGCCAGCCAAGAGGAGUGGCUUAACAAGCUGGCAGGCAAGAAGCUAACUGAGUCAUCGAGUGAUGUGACUUCAUUCGCGAAAAAGGACCUCCCCCAGCAACAUCGUGUGCUUAAACCUGGGGAUGCCAUGACCAUGGAUAUGAGGCCAGAACGGAUGAACAUCCACUUGGGCGAUGAUGGUACUGUUCAUAAUGUGACCUUUGGUUAGAGGGUGAUACUUGAUGUCUGGAUUACGACUUAUAAAGAUGUGAUGUGACUUGUUACGAUAUUAUGGGACGAUACUUUUAUGUACUAUGUCGAGAGAAAUAUACUGAAAUAUUGUUGUUCGGUAUAGUGUGAUAUCCUAUCACUUACUCAGAUGAUGUAGUCUUCCACUCCAACAAUGAUGAAUCAUAUAGCAUUCUAUCAGACGGCACUGUCUGAGAUUGUGGAGUACCCUGCCCAACCUAUCUAUAUAGCGAAUACCAAUCAUUAUUUACUCCAGCUUCCACCUCAACAAAGUCAAAGAAUGCUUCGGGAACACAAAUUGUCCCUUCGCUUCCCCUGUACUCUCGGUCACCACAACCUCCUCUUUGCCAUUCAUAUUACAAGCCUGGACGCUCUCU